UUCUUUUUUUUUUUUAAACGUUCAUCGAGGACAAUUGCCUUCGAUAAAAACGUGGCUGGAAGACAUAACAACUUACAACACAACGCGUUCGCUACUUUGAAGAUCGCAUCGAGCUAUUUAGUUGCCCCUCUCUUUUUCGACGCAAUGUGCGAUGUAUUGGAGGAGAUUCGAAAGACGCGCUAAGCGUUAGCGAAGUGUCACGUGAUAGUGCAGCUUAUUGACCAAGCCAUACGCUAACGCGAAUGGUCAACGUUGAUCACGUGACCCAUCGUAACGUCAAGUCGGGUAACCGUCUGCUUCUCGAUCGAGCGGAUAUCUCAACGGACCUUCGAAGGACAAAGAAUUCGGAAGAACCGUCGUUCGCGUUUGUCUCUUUACCGGAUAAAUCGUAUCCCUUGUCAAGUUCAGAGGUCAUUCUAUUAUAAAAAAAAAGAAUAGCAGCCGAGCUGUUUUAAACAGAAAUCAGCUGUGCGAAUCAUUUUCGCGCGAUUCAAGCUUUUUGACAGUUUAGCAUAUCGUUUUAACGUGCUUUUUACAAAAGGGAAUUUUGAUUUUUAUUUAAAGUCGAUAUUUUAUCCGAGAAUAAAUAAUUUAUAUCCAUUAUUGUUUUAACGAAUAUCCGAGAAAAUCAAUUAACGAUGAUGAUUCAACAUGGUUAAGUAAAAUUAUUGCUUUUCAAUAAAUUUUUUCUUGACAACGUGUAUUCAAUUUUUGUGAAAGGGUAGAAACACUUAUCUAUCUCGUCGUCGUCGUCGUCGUCAUCGUCGUCAUCGUCGUCAUCGUCGUCGUUGUCGUCGUCUUCUAACUUUUUAUUAUUUAUUCGAAUUCGAUCGUUGUGUCGCGUCGAAUUUUUAACGUGUAUUAGGCGACGAUCGAAACUGUGAUUAAGAUGUACAGUAUGAACUACAUCGGGAAAUUCAUUAGUAAUUUUCGGGACUUUUACAAUGAAAUUAAUGCUGCAACGCUCACUGGUGCGAUCGACGUUGUCGUCGUCGAACAAGCGGAUGGAUCUUUUACCUGUUCACCGUUUCACGUUCGCUUCGGCAAACUCGGCGUUCUUCGUUCGAGAGAGAAAGUGGUGGACAUUGAAAUAAAUGGAGAACCAAGACAAAUCCAUAUGAAACUGGGAGACUCUGGCGAAGCUUUCUUUGUUGAAGAAGUGAGUUCAAGCGGUUCACCUACGGACACAGAAAUUCCACCUCACUUGGCUUGUUCGCCAAUUCCCGAUGACAACUGUUUUCCAUCAAAUAGAUUUAAUCCAUUAUCUGAUCUUCCCCAAGAGCAGAGGGACAAGAUACUCAUAGAUUCGGUUCUAUCGAUAGAGCGAGAAAAAUGGGAACAAAUGUCUGCUUUGCCGCCUGAAGAAAGAGAGAAAUUUUUAAUUGAACAGUUCUCUGAUCUUCCUGCAGAACAUCGUGAAAAAUGGCUUCAAAUUGCAUCUUUGACACUGGAGGAACGAGAUGAAAUGUUUAAACAAAGUUUUGGUACUAUAUCUACUUUGCAAAAGCAACAGAUGAUUCGUGAGCAAUAUUCCGCUUUAAAGUUAGAAGAAAAGGAAAGAUUGUUUAAGGAAAACUUUCCGGAACUUCCUGCAGAACAAAGGCAUAAGUUUGAGAAAGCAUUGUUAAGUGACUGGAAACAAAAGGACGAUGAAAAAUGGGAGAAUAAAACUAAUACAUUAAAGACUGAUGAAGAAGAAAUUUUUGAUAUGGAUGGUAUCAAUGAUGAUGAUUCACAGCCUAUAGCAUCUGUACCAAAAUCCUUUGUAGCUGUUACAUCUGAGGAUAAAAUCCGUAAAAUCAGUGUUGUGAAGAAUGACUUUAUACCUAUAUCUAAUGAUUCGCAGGAUAAUGAGAAAGGAAAAUCAAGUUAUGAAUCAAAUUCAUGUCUUAAUAAGCAGAGGAUUCGUAAAAUUGGUGUUGUUACUAAUGACUUUAUUCCUAUAAUGGAUGAUUCACAGAGAAGCAGUAAAGAAAAGUCAAGUGACGAAUCAAAUUCAUCCUCGAAUAAGAAACUCUCAAGAGAUGAAACUGGCGAAGAAUCUAAAAUGAAUAAUUCUACUAAGAGAAAGAGAAAGAGGAAGAGCAUCAUGAGAAAGAAGGGAUCGCAAAGAAAAACGAGUAAUGGUAGCAGCAGCCAAACUGAAAUGAGUGAAACUGACAUUACUGCUACUGAAGAAUCUCACUGUGAAUCUACCUUAAAGGGACCUAGUCCAGUGGUAGAAAUUGAUACAAAGAAGGACUCUCCAAAUCUUUUAACUUCUACUGAAGAAAUUUUGGAAAAACGUCCAGAAACUGACUUCCAUUUCUUCAGUGAUACAGAAAUUACAAAGAACCAAGAUUCUAGGCCAUGUUCACCCGUACAGUCAGAUACAGAAUUUGAAAUGCGUAAAAUCACGCAAGAAGGUAGUGAACAAGAUGAUAAGGCUCUUCAACAGAGUUGGAAAUGGGGCGAAUUACCUAGUCCACCACCUGAUUCCACUCAUCCAUCUCAUAGAAAUUCAGUAAAUUCUUCAGUUGUAACUCCUCAAUCCAAUGAUACAGAGGCGCAUCGAUCUAUGCUCAGUGGUAUGUUCUCGUUUAUGAAGAAGACCUCUCGUGUGAGGCAUAAUCCAGAAUCCGAAGGAAUUUACCUUAGUGAUUUAAAUGCUGAUGAAUUGGAUCCUGAAGUUGCUGCUCUAUAUUUCCCCUCAUCUCAUCGUGGAGCAACCGUGGUAAAAGAUGCAAAAGUAGUAGAUGAAGAAGACACUGAAUCUGGUAAUGGACCAAGCAUUCCUCAGAGUCCUAACAGCGUUGAAGGAGCUAUUGGCGGUCCGAAGUCGUUAGAUAGUGAUUUUGAAGAACCUAAAAAUUCUGUAUUUGACAGUAAUUUUGAAAUUAGCCUUUCUUUGUGCGGUGGUUUGGAUAGCGAAAAUGGUCCAUCCAAAGAAGCAUUUCACCAGAAUUUACUUCAUUAUGAAGAUAUUUGCUCCGAUCCAAAAUUAUAUGAUAAUCCUAAUUUGGUGGUGAAAAUCAAUAAUAAAUAUUAUAAUUGGACUACAGCUUGUCCAAUUGUCAUGACAUAUGCUGUCUUUCAAAGACAUCUACCACAGAAUGCUAUUGAAAAUAUAUAUGCGCAAUGCAUGCCAUUGCUAAUACAUGGAGAUAAAAAACAACAAAGUACUGGAAAGGCUGAAGGUCGUACUGGUUACAGUUCAUGGUUUUCAUGGGGAAGAUCUACUGCUCAACCUAAAAAAUCGCAGGAAAUAAGUCAAGUUGAUGGACCGCUAAUUGGAGAACAUUCUGAGCAAGUAAUUGAGUGUAAAGAAGCAAAUGCGAUAGAAGAAAUACCAUCUGCAGAAAUUAACACUGAUCUUAAGACUGAUCAAAUCUCAACGAUUAUUUCUGAAACUAUGGAAACACGUGGAUUAAGAAAUACACCUACUGAUAAUUUGAUCACAAAGACUGAGAAAUCAUGUGAGAGAGAAGGCGAAGGAUAUAGCGGUAGUGAAGAUUCCGAUAGCAAUCAAAACGAUAUGCAAGGUGUUAAAAUACCAAUAGAAAGAAGAUCGUAUUAUGAAUCUACUGAGAAAUAUCGAAAAACUUUGAGACUGUCAUCUGAACAGAUCGCGAGUUUGAAUUUAAAAGAGGGCCCUAAUGAGGUAGUGUUCAGUGUUACGACGGCUUAUCAAGGUACUACUCGUUGUAAAUGUCAUAUCUAUAGAUGGAGAUGGGAUGAUAAAAUUGUUAUCUCAGACAUUGAUGGCACUAUUACAAAGUCUGACGUUCUUGGUCACAUUUUACCAAUAGUUGGCAAGGAUUGGGCUCAGUCUGGGGUUGCUCAAUUAUUUACCAAGAUUAAGAACAAUGGUUAUAAAUUAUUGUAUCUCUCAGCGAGAGCAAUAGGUCAGGCUAAAGUCACAAGGGAAUAUCUAAAAAGUAUUAGACAGGGAGAUUUGUCUCUACCUGAGGGUCCUUUGCUUUUAAAUCCAACCAGUUUAAUUUCUGCAUUCCAUCGAGAAGUUAUUGAAAAGAAACCGGAAGAAUUUAAAAUAUCUUGUCUCAGCGAUAUUCAAGCACUAUUUCCAGAAGGCUCUAAACCAUUCUAUGCUGGUUAUGGUAACCGUAUUAAUGAUGUUUGGGCAUAUAGAGCUGUAGGCAUUCCUAUUAUGAGAAUUUUUACUAUAAAUCAUAGAGGAGAACUGAAACACGAGUUGACGCAAACAUUCCAAUCCUCAUAUUCAAACAUGAGCGUCAUAGUAGAUCAUCUCUUCCCAGCUUGGCGUGAGGAAGCUGCAGAUGAAUUCAGUAACUUUGCAUAUUGGAGAGAGCCAAUUCUUGAAUUACCUAAGCUUGAGGCCCAUUUUAUGCAAAGUCAGAUGGUUUAAUCAAAUAAUCUUUUCUUACUGGAGCAAUAAUAUUCUGCUCGUAAUAUAAGAAACUAUCGUCACUUACAAUUAGCUACUAUUUGUACCCUAUACUUAACUGUAGUGUUCUUGACUGGUGCAAUUCAGUGAUAUUAUACAAGAACAUGAUAAAUAUUACUCUUAUCUUCUUACAUGUCAUAAAAGAUAUUAUCGUUUUUUUACAAAUUAAUAUUUAUUACUAAGAGAAUCAAUCGUAUGUGUGAUUAUGUGAAUUCACGAUUAAUAUUUUGUGCUUGAAUUCAUCAACAUUCCAAAGCACACUAAUAUGUAAAAGUGAAAAUAUUAUAUAUCAGCAAUACGUACAUCCACAAAUAUCUUUUGACUUUUGCUAAUAUUGAAUUUGUCACACCAGUCAGUGCACAGUAUAAACUAUUGGCAAAAGACGAUAUAAUUUUUUGCUUAAGUAGAAUCGAAGUAACUUGCUUUCUGCGUGCUUGCAAUAUGGAUAAAACAUAAAAAGUGCUCGUAGUUGUGAAUCUGUCUUGGAAGUGAUUGAAUGAUAAUCAAUGUUCCAUAAAUUCUUAUAAAAACUGGCUUAUAAAUAUAUUUAUUAUGCUAGAGCAUUAGUUUAGAUUUUUGUAGUACGGUGAGAUACAGCCUAUAAAUAAUUUUUUUAUCAGAAAUAUCCAUUUAGCACAUUAAGAGUUAUUUGUAAUCAUAUGAUAUAUAUAUAUGUAUAUAUAUAUAUACAUACAUGUAUACAUAUAUACGCAUAUAUAUAUACAUAUAUACAUAUCUAAUUCAUUGUUACUUGUCUUUCGCGUAUUAAGUAAAAAAAAUUAUUUAUUUUUGUACGACCUAUUUGUUUAGUUAACGUGCUGUGAAAUUGCCAUAUCUAUGACAAACAAUAAUGUUAUAUUUUAUUAUGUUGAAAUAAUUUAAUUGAAUUAAGACUCUUCUCUAGUAGCAAGCUUAUAAGAUAAGUAAGCUAUAUAUGUGUUUUAUAGGAUGUUGUCACAGGAUUGAUUCCAAUUUUUCUAGACAAAUUCAUACAAUAUUUAUUUAUACUUAAAAGUUCAAUUAGAUAAUGAUUCUCAUAAUACAUUCUAUGCUUGUGUCUUUCAAACGCACGGAGAACUUUUAAAGUCAGUCAUUUUCUUUUUUUAAUUCAAAAAAAAUUUUUUUUUUUUAAUUAUGAUGUGAAAAGAAACCAUGUAAUUCGUUUUUGUAUAAAUUAUGUUUUUGCUUUUUAUUAGAAUCGGUAAGAGAAACCAUUUCAUUGAUACAAUAAUAGAGAUAACAUGUUUUAUCUUUCAUUAAAAUAGUUUUUCUUACUAAGUGUAGUAGUAUAGUUAUGUAAGGUACACAAGAGUACAAUUUUUUGUGACCAAAGAAGAAAAAAGGAAUUAAAAUAACAAGACAACUUCUCAUUUAAGAAACGUUCAAUUUAGCAGGAAUUAAAAUGCUUAAAUCAAUGAUCUUCGUAAGAUUAUAACAACAAACUUUUUUUUUAUAAAUAUUUAAUAGAAUGUAUAAUUUAGCAUAUACAAUAAGACAAUACCAUUUGUAUUCGUAACUUAAAUCUUUAAUUAUUUUUAAUGUAAAUAGAAAAAAAAGAGAAAGAGUUAAUGUCACAGUUACAUACACUUUUGUAAGCCAGCUUUUUUUUUAAAUUGGAAUUUGGUAUAGUAUUUUAUAUAUAUAUAUUUUUUUUUGUUUAACGUAUUAUUUCAAGUACAAAUAAAUUUACUUUUGGUUAUACGUUUAUUCAUAUAGUGUUAUUUGUAUUCUUCACACAAGUUAGUGCAUCGUGCGAUCAAAUCAUAAAUUAUUAUUUUCUGCAUAGAAGUAAUAUGAGACGCAACAAAUUUUUUCCUACAAAGUAAUAGAUAUUAUUCUCUUCGAAUUUAUAGUUUCUUUUUUUUUUUUUUUUUGAUAUUGUGAUAAUAGUUUUAAUACGUUAAUUGUUUUAAUAUACUUACAUUUUAUGGAUUUUACAUUAGAACAAUGUAAAAUAUUUGAGAUCAUGCGUCUCACAUAUAUAGAAUGGAUCUCUUAGUGAUUGAUUUUAAUGUUUACAUUAUGUAGCAUCAAUUCAAAUAUCCUAUGUAUAUUUUCUGCAGUAUUAAUGAAUUAUUCUAAUCGUAAGCCGAUGAUCCUAAGUGUACUGCUUUUAUAUAUAUAUAUACGUAUAUGAAAAAUACAUAUAUAUAAAUAUGUAUGUAUGUAUAUGUAUCGUAGCUUCGAAAAAUCGCAAAUAAUAAAUGCUACAGACACACCA